UUUAUAUUAUUUUAGUUUAGUCUUCACAAUGGCUACAACUAAGUCAGUGUAUUUUAUAAUCAUAACAAUAUUCUUGGUUUCAUUUUGUGGAAAGUGUUCGUCAAAUCAAUCGGAAAAUGUGCAAUUUAUUACAAAAUUAGCUCAAAAAAGCAGUGAGGAUUGGGAAAGUGAUCCUAUUGAACCCAAAAUUACAGAAAGAAAAUUGGAUCGUACAAGACCUGAGUUCAGUGAUGACGUCGAAAGUGAUCAAGAUAAUAUUAAAAAUGAGAAGUUAUUAUUAAUUGACGAUGAAAAAGAAAUUAAAGAGAAAGACGAUGUAAAUAUAGGAAGAAAAAGGACUGUGCGUCAAGUUAAUAGCGCAUAUUCGCCUAUCUAUCCUACACUAACCCCACAUCAGCCAAUGUAUCCAACACCUUACAGACCAGCGACUGGAGUUCACGGAAAUGGACCUUAUAAUUAUCCCAAUAAUCAAAAUAGUUAUUCGAAUCCAGGAUAUUCACAACCAAAUUAUUAUCCGCCAGGACAAAACCCAUUCCAAAAUAAUACGAGCUAUACGAAUCCAAGCUAUAACCAAGGUUCCCUUUACAAUAAUCAAUCCAAUAAGAAUGUACCAAAUCCACAAUACAAUCAAUACUCUAACCAGCGUUAUAAUACAAAUUCAUCAUUCCAGGGGAAUAUUCCACAAAACGGUUAUAAUGCAAACCAACACACAUUUACACCAACACCUACUAAUCAAUGGACACCUGGUUACACAACUAACAAUACUCGUUACAAUCCCUCGGCACCAUAUGGGGCCACUCCAAAAUAUCCAUCCUCCUAUAAUAAUAAUCCAUCCAACACGUUUCAUAAUUUCAAUAAUUCAACGCCUCGUACCGUCAUAAACAGUCGGACUGGAUACAAUCCACAAUACAAUCCAUCAAAUCCACCUUAUCAAAGUUACCCACACAGUACAAACACGCAACAUAAUAAUUACAAUGGUUCAAAUCAGUGGUCCUCUUCGAAUACACAAACUCCGUACAAUCCGAGCAAUAAUUUUCCUUCUUUAACCAGCGAUGGACGAGCUUUAAACGUAUCGGGUCAGCCAGCUUAUAACCCUAGCUAUCCCAAUAAUAAUCCAUACAAUCAACAGCCAUACUCAGCUAAUUCCGUACCUAAUCCAUAUUCACAGAAUUAUCCAGCCGGAUCAAAUGGCAACCGUAAUAAUCAAUACAAUAAAGAACCAGAUCACUUUUUCUAUUCUCCAGGUAAUAAGGACACUAGGUACGAUCCACGUAAUCCUUCUCCUAACUUUGCAUAUUCCCCGUAAUAUAAUUUUAUUGUAAAAAUUUGAUAGUAAAUAUAAUAAGUGUUUUAAAUCAUCACCUGGAUGGAACAGUUAAAAUAAGUUUUUCCAGUGUAGUUCAUUAGGAAUAAAAUAAUCAAGAAAUGUUUACUUACUUAAUAAAAUGAUUACUACGUAUCAUUUAAAAUUAUCAUUUGUAGUUAUAA